GCGAGGUCCCUAAUCACCUUUAUUCAAACCAUAUUGAAGACAAUCGUCGGAACUCGUUCCUCCUGCGGCUUCAACGGAAAAUAUCAUAGUUCCGGCAGACUAAUUGAUAGACGAAAGCGACGCAUCAUGAUACAGCGACCGAAUGUCUCCACGAUGACCAUUAUCAAAGAUUCAAACCCCAUCUCACCCGCUGCGGAUGAAUCUAUGCAAAUUCUGUCACAAUGUCAUAUUUAAUAAUGCACAGGAACUGGCACAGAUGCCCACACUUUCCACACCUCCCAGUUGGAUUGUAGACUCGUUAUGACUAGCCUCCCUGCAGACACGAGCGCUUUGAUGUCAGCAGCACUGGAGAGCAUUUUAUAUGGCUUUUCAAUCCUCAUGUUUAUCGGUACCGUCUGGGCUUUGACUUACAAGCGUCGAAUGCGAGACAUCAAUCGCCCAGUUGCUGUGGUGGCUGUCCUGUUAUUGUUAGUGAGCACCGCACACAUAAUCAUGACCAUCGUUCAUGUCGAAAAUGGCCUGGUGAAAUAUCGCGAUACAUGGCCAGGCGGGCCAGCGGCGUUCUUCACAGACGUUACGGAAGAGACAUACGUGAUUAAGCACGCACUAUACAUUUCCCAAACUGUAAUUGCUGAUGGUUUGAUGAUUUUUCGCUGCUAUGCUCUUUGGCGAUCCAUCCGCGUAAUCAUCGUACCGAGUUUGCUGUGGUGUGCUGUCGUAGUGACUGGCAUUCGUGCUGUCUACGGGACUUCACAAGCCACUUCUGAUCCCGGAGACGUCUUCGCCAUCGACGUCGAAAAGUGGAUCAUAGCAUUUAUUGUAUUGACUAUUACAACCAAUCUGCUAUGUUCAGGACUACUGAUAUAUCGUAUCUGGAACAUCGAACGUCGCGUUUCUAAAAUACGUGCUUCGAAUAGCACUAUGAUGCCAAUUGUGCGUGUGCUUGUGGAUGCCGCUGUUUUGUACACUGUGAUGCUACUCGGCCUUCUGAUCUGUUUCCUCGCCGAGAACGAUGGAGAAUCUGUUUUAACGGACAUAGCCGUGCCUGUCGUAUCGAUCACAUUCUACAUGGUCAUUAUUCGUAUCACGACUAGUUGUCGACAUCACCUCUCGACUGCCAGUACUAACCGAACCACCGAGGAGAUGGAACAGAGAAAUAUGCAGCAAUAUCAGAGGAAGUCCUUAGAGGUCCAUAUAUCCCGAUGUACUCGUGAUGAUCGCGUCUCAACUUACAAGGUAGACCGACCAUCGACAGGGAUUGAAGAGAUUUAAAAGGGUAUUUUGUACUUGACAUGUAGUCGAUAUGAACUUAUGAUUUGACACGAAUGCCUUACGCUAUGUGC